CCAGACCUCGGUGGGGGCUUUCUCGUCUUGUGAUUGCCCGUCUCCCGUGGUGAUCUAUUAUUAUUAUUAGUUAUUUCCCUUGACCUCAUACCACCUCGACUCCCGCUCUCCUUACUUCCCGAUCUCUCCUUUCUUUCUCGCCACGGUCUCCGCAUCUGACGUUGUUCCAGCGGCCUCCGGAUCGCUUCCUUCCCCAACCAACCAACCCCCCUCAAAUCCCUCCUCAACAACCAACAUCAUCCCCAUCACAACCACAACCACAACCACACUCCGUUACACCCACCCCUCCAUCAAUUCGGGCAUACGUGCACCGCCCUCCUUCGCCAUGGCAACCAAUGGCCAUUUUGCCGCGAUUGGCAACGGCAGCAGUGACAAGACCGCCUACGAGCAUGGCGUGCAGGUCAUCGACGGGGAUAAGGAGUUCAAUGCCAACAUCUCGAAAUACCUCAGCCUCGAAAAUGUCACCUCCGCCGGCUUCAAUUACCACCUCAUCUCCGUCUUCGGGUCCCAGUCGACGGGCAAGUCCACUCUGCUCAACCACCUCUUCGGCACCCACUUCUCCGUGAUGUCGGAGCUGGAGCGACGCCAAACCACCAAGGGCAUCUGGAUGUCGAAUAACAAGAACGGCGGCGACGGGUCCAUGGCCGACAACAUCCUCGUCAUGGAUGUCGAGGGGACGGACGGUCGCGAGAGAGGCGAGGACCAGGACUUCGAGCGCAAGAGUGCUCUAUUCGCGCUGGCGACGAGUGAAGUUCUGAUUGUCAACAUCUGGGAGCACCAGGUCGGGUUGUACCAGGGCGCAAACAUGGGGCUGCUGAAGACGGUCUUUGAGGUCAACCUGCAGCUCUUCUUGAAGGACAGGAAUACCACCCACCGAUCCCUCCUGUUUUUCGUCAUCCGUGAUUUCGUCGGCAACACACCCCUCAAGAACCUGCAGAGGACCCUCAUAGAAGAUAUCUCGCGUCUCUGGGAUACGAUCACCAAGCCCGAGGGCCUGGAGCGCAGCACGGUCCAUGAUUACUUCGAUUUCCAGUUCUACGGGCUCCCGCAUAAGAGCUACCAGCCGGAGCAGUUCGUGGCCGAGACGAAGAAGCUGAGCCUGCGCUUCCGCGAGGGCCAGAAGGACCCCAGCCUGGAUGCGCUGAAGGGCGAGUUUUCCGACGGCGGCGUGUUCCUCCCGGAGUACCACCGUCGCAUCCCCGCGGACGGGUUUUCGCGCUACGCAGAAGGCAUCUGGGAUCAGAUCGUGAACAACAAGGAUCUGGACCUCCCCACGCAGCAGGAAUUGCUGGCGCAGUUCCGCUGCGACGAGAUUCUGCGGGAGGUCAUGGUCGCGUUCGAUGAAGCCAUCGUUCCAUUCGAAGACAAACAGUCGCAGGCGGCUCGUCUUGGGGAACCGGAGAUUCUUGGGGGCCUGGGGGCGGCGAUGCGCUCUGCGCGGACUAAGGCUUUCCAGAACUUCGAGACGGAAGCCAGCCGGUACCACAAGGGGGUGUACCAGCGCAAGCAGGCAGAGCUGGAGGAGAAAAUUGAUACUCGUCUGAAGGCUCUCUUCCAAGGCCAGCUCGAUGCCACGCACAAGUCAGGGAUCCAGGAGUUCACCGAGGCGGUCUCGGGUGCCGUGAAGGCGGGGCAGAAGAAGGGCACCGGCUACGACUUCGCGGAGAUUGUCAAUGAUGAAGUGGCCAAAGCCAUCCAGAAGUUCGAGGAGGUCGCCCGGUCCACGGCUGUCGAAGGCGCCGCGUGGAGCGACUCCCAGCAGCAACGGUCGCUGUACGAGAAAGAACUGGCCGAGGUGAGCGCGCGACUCCGCCGGGAGGAGAUGCGGCGCCUGGCCAGCCGGGUUGAGCGAUGGGUGCAGUCGCGCCUGGGCGAGUCGGUGGGCCUCGAGUUCAACGCGCUCGGGUCUGGACGGGCCGGCGGUGCCGCGCCGGAAUCCGGGGAGAAGCCUACGGAGCAGAAGUUCUGGGACCGCGUGUGGAACGUGUUCGUCGAGACGGUGCUGGAUGCGGAGCGGCGAUUCACCGACCGCGCCAGCAGCUUCGAUGCCAGCCUGGAGGAGGUGGACGUGGGGCUCUGGCGGCUGCGUCGGAAGUCGUGGGGCGUGCUGCGCGCCAAGAUUGACGAGGAGAUGAUUGAGGGCAACCUGCUGCUGAAGCUGCGCGAGAACUUCGAGGACAAGUUCCGCUACGACGAGGCGGGCGUCCCUCGGAUCUGGCGGCCGACGGACGACAUCGAGGGCGUGUACACGCGGGCUCGCGAGUCGACGCUGACGCUGAUUCCGCUGCUGUCGCGGUUCCGGCUGGCGGACACGUCGGCGGCGCCCCCGCUGGAUCGCUGGGUUGGCCACACGCCCAGCUCGGCGACGCCGGCGGACGAGGAGGAUCUGCCCCCUAUCGGCGGAGUGGACGAGGAGGAGGGCAAGAGCCUGGAGGAGGAGAUGACGAUGCUGGGCGAGGCCAAGCGGCAGGAGCUGACGGUGCGGUUUAAGAAGUCGGCGGACGGGGUGUACGUCGAGGCCAAGCGGAGUGCCAUCGGAGGCAUGACGCAGGUGCCGCUGUACUUUUACGGCAUCCUGCUUGCGCUGGGGUGGAACGAGAUUAUUGCUGUCCUGCGCAACCCGGCCUACUUCUUCUUGCUUUUUGUGUGCCUGGUGGGCGCGUACGUGACGUACCAGCUGAACCUCUGGGGCCCGAUCCUGAAGAUGACGGAGGCGGCGUCGAACCAGGCGAUGGUGGAGGGCAAACGGCGACUGCGCGAGUUCCUGGAGUCGUCGGACACGGGGCGACAGGCGAUCGCGAUGUCGACGCCGGGCGGGCAACAGCACGAGAUGUCGCGGCUCAACAAGCAAGGGAAAGCGGUGUCGGAGGACGAGGAGGACUUGUAAAGUGUAUUAUUGUAUUCCAUUCCAUUCUUGUCACUGUACUGGACUUAUAGAUUACUGCAUCAGUCUUUUUUUUUUCUUUUUUUUUUUCAUCUUUGCUGGUUUCUGCCUGGAGGGUCAGGCUCCGCACCCGGCAUCUGUGACUGUCACAAGCCCUAAGCCGGUAGGACAGAAGGCAUGGAGAGGGCUGCAUCUGCAGGUGAUGUUGCACCGCUGCAGGCUGCAAGAAUCACUUGAACUGGCGAACAAUGUGAUGUCUUACUUCUUAACUUCCGCUCGUUCUCCACCUGCAGAAGCGGUCAAUCCAUCCAUCCAUCCAUCUA